AUGGAUUAUUUAGAUAUCCCUUUUAGACACUUAGAUCUCGUAUCUAACUAGAUCGAUCAACUCAAAUUCCUUGCUUAUGGAGUUGUUUUCUGGUUCACUCUCUUUUAUAUAGUUAACGAAACUGUUAAGUUUAAGAGUUUAGAUAAGCGUAAAAGUGACGAUACUAAGAAUAGAAUUAUUUCUAUUAUCCAUGGAUUAGGAUGUUUUAUCUACUCAUUGAGAUGGAUAUUGAAAGAUGAUCCUUAAUUUGGCACUUUAAAUACUAAUUACUAGAUGGGUACAAUUAUAGGUUCUUCAGCUUACUUCUUAUAUGAUAGUAUAGCUUGUUUCUAUUAUGGCUUACUUGAUUUUGGUUGUUUUGCACAUCACACUAUGGUCUUGCUUGGAUAUGGAAGCUGUGUUUUUUAGCAUUAUGGUGCUACCGAAGCUUUAUUGGGAUUGUUUUUCGCAGAAGUCUCUAAUUUCCCUAUGCAUGCAAGAGUCAUAUUGAGAAGCUUUAACCUAAGAUAUACCAAAAUAUAUGAAGUUCUUGAGCUUGUUUACAUGGUUUCCUAUAUUAUCGCUCGUUCAAUUAUGAUUCCCUUUGCAUUAUGGAUUCACUGUAUAUAAGCUGAAAAGUGCCCCUUUAUUGUUAAGUUUAUAUGUACAGGUUUAACUGUUCAAUCCUUGUAUUACAUUAAAGAAAUGUAUGGAAUACUUUUAAGAAAAUUCAAGCAACUCAAAGAAAGAAAAUAAAAGAAAAUCUCUUAUUUCUGGUUUUCAGAAAAUGCUAAAGUUAAGGAUUUAUCUUAUGCAAAUAAAGAAGCAAAGCAAAAUAUUUUCUGA